UAAAUUUAUUUCAAUCUGGUUGCAGCGGCCAUCAGGGUAGGUCUUCUUCUCCACUGUCCACUCCUCUCAAGUCUCAACUCUGUCUUCUUAUCGGCCGGCGGUUGUUCUGCUCUCCUCGGCUGCAGCAGCAGCUUCCCGUCAAGAACAGAGCUUUUUUCCGAAUAGACUUGACUAGGGUUCCUGUUGGAGAAAUCCAUGAAAGCCUCAAACUUCAACGAUCAAAGCAGCUGACGCCUUCCUCCUUAUUGCGAAAUCGAAGUUUUAUUUUGGAAAUGAGAAUGGCAAAGUCAAUCCAUAUGUCCCAUCUCUUUCUUCUCCCUUCUCGUACUCGACCACUCACGUCCUCUAGACAAACUCUCUCCUCCCUCUUAUGUCAAAGACAAGUUUUUCCCUGCAACUCAUUCUCAACGAAAUUGACAUCCGGUUUUAAAUUCUUCUCUACACAUGAAACUCGGUACCCACUUCAAUACGACAUGAUAAUCUCUCGCCCAGCUCAAGCUACUUUACCUGCGCAGCGUCGACGCCGACCCACCCGAGCAAUCGCUCAGUCCGAAUCCCCAGACUCGCCUGAUUCGGAGCCCGAAGCAGAAUUGGGUUUUGACGAUUGGGUAGAUAGAAAACUAAGCGCGGAUAAAAAACUAAGCGCGGAAACUUCAGAAGCAGAAGGAAACCAGUUAGCGGUGGGAGAUGCAGGGAUGGAUAAAUCGAAAAGGAAGUAUUACAAUAAGAGGAGAAAAAGAAUGUAUGGUUCAGAUUCAGAUGAAGAUGGAAAUGGGAGGGACGAUGAUGAGAUGGUUGAAUUGGUGCCCGAAGUGGUUGAGUUUAACACAUUGCAUAAGAGAGAAGAAGAAUUGUAUUUCUAUGAUACGUUUGCAUAUCCAUGGGAUAAGGAUAAGCAUUACAGGAUGGUUUACCAGCUAGAGAAGAAGUAUUUCCCAGAUCAGGGUUUCGACAAAGCAUUUCUCCAGCCUGGAGAGUCUAAUGAAAACCCGAAAAAAUCAGUGAGCAGAAGAGGAGGGGAGGUGGACAAAGUGAAAAAACUUGCAGAUGCCGGGGAAGAAAAAAAACUAGUUUUCUUUGAGGAUGACAAGAAAGGAGCAGGAACAGGGGCAGUGAAAGAUUUGAAAAAAGAUAUUUCAGAGAGAAAAGUGGAGGAAUUCUUCCAAAGGUUGAAGAAAGUAGACACACAUGUUGCCAUUGAGGAGCCAUUUGUUUCCUCAAGGAGUGCAGGUUUACCAUCUAAAUGGGACAGUCCCAAUGGGAAUGUCCUUCUCAUAAAUAAGCCCAAAGGAUGGACUUCAUUUACAGUGUGUGGAAAGCUGAGACGCAUUGUCAAAGUAAAAAAGGUUGGUCAUGCUGGAACACUUGAUCCUAUGGCAACUGGUUUGUUGAUUGUUUGUGUUGGCAAAUCUACCAAACUUGUUGACAGAUACCAGGGCAUGAUCAAGGGUUACAGUGGUGUAUUUCGUUUAGGCGAAGCUACAUCCACUUGGGAUGCUGAUUCACCUGUCAUCCAACGUGAGUCAUGGGAACACAUCAAAGACGAUGACAUAAAGAAAAGUGCGGUAUCUUUUGUUGGAGAGAUUUGGCAAGUUCCUCCUAUGUUUUCUGCAAUCAAAGUUGGUGGUGAAAGGAUGUAUGAGAAAGCAAGAAGAGGAGAAAGUAUAGAACUUUCGCCUAGGCGGAUAUCAAUUUAUCAGUUUGAUAUUGAGCGAAGUUUGGAUGACAGGCAAAAUCUGAUAUUCCGAGUGACAUGCUCAAAGGGAACAUACAUUAGAUCUCUUUGUGCAGAUUUAGGGAAGGCUCUGGGCAGUUGUGCUCACUUAACAGCCUUGCGAAGAGAUUCAAUAGGGCAAUAUUCAGCUGACGAUGCUUGGGAUUUUAAAGAACUAGAAGAGACAAUCAACAAAAACUAUAUUUAGAGCUAUUGAUAUUGCAACUGGGUUUGUUUGAAGGUGGUUCAUAUGCUGCUAGCUAGGCUGUUAUGACCAAUCAAAAUGCAUUUUCAAAUAGUGCAUGUGAAUUCUUAAAGCUAAUAUCAAUUUUUGAUAUGAUUAAAUUUUUGAAGCCUAUAUCCAUGUACUAUAUCAAAUUCAUCACAAGAUGUGAAUAAGGCAUACUUAAUAAUGUUGAUGGUACAUUCAAUUUGCUCG